UGGUCUGGUGCCCUUGGUGGGUUCUCAGUGGAGGGGAGGGGAGCAGGCAGGCCGGGAAGGGGAGGGCUAGCUGGGGAGGUCUGAGCUCCUGCAGGCUCAGAGAGGAUCAGCAGUGUCUUAGGUUUAAUCCUGCCCACACCCCUGCUCCCCACAGUCCCCGCUCUGACCCCACCCCUGCCCUCCCCUUCACCCAACCCCCCAGCCUGGCCGCUCCUGCAGCUGAAUGGACUUCUCUCUGGGCCUACGUUUGGGGCCUCGGAACAAGAAGGCCAGCCACCAACAGCCCCCUCCACCCUCCGGGCACGGCCCACCAGCUGCCUCCCCGUGUCUGUCCUGCCCCCCCUCCGCCUGUGCCUGCCCCUGCCCUGGCUGUCCCCCUCCCAGCUGCUCCGGCACCACCUAUCCCUAUUACGCAGCUCCCUGCCCCUCCUGUCCCGGCCUCCCUGGCCCACCCUGUACCUGCCCCUGCCCGCCCUGCCCUGCCUGUGCCCCCUUGACUUGUCCCCUCAGUUCCUGCAGCCCCUGCUCUGCUCCGCAUUUGACCUGCUGCCACCCCUCUCCCUGCCCCAUGUACCCUUGCUCCAGGGGUCAAGCCGCCUGUUCCAGCUCCUGCUUGGGCUGCAGUGACAGCUGCGGCCAUGGCCGGGGGGCUGCCCGGGGACCUCCAGGCUCUGCUGGCCGCUGCAGCUGCUGCUUCAGGAGACACCGCACCGCUCGACACUGUCUGAUAGUCUAGCUGGGCUGUUGCCCCUUGAGAGAUUGCCAGUCUUCCAGGGCACUUCUGCAGCUGCUUCCUCAGGGAGGAGGCAGAAGCUCUGGAGGAUGGAGAAGGAUCAGCUGGACCCCUCACCCAGGCAGGGAGAGGAGGCUGGCUGCUCAGGUCCCCCGGCCUUCUCCUCAGUCCCGGGAGUGAGAGCGGGACAUCUGCUUUGAAGCUAGUUUCUAGGCAUGCUCUCAUUGGUUCCAGAGCCUCCUCUUCUGCAACUUCUGGAAUGGAAAGUGUUCUUCUCACAGCCUCUCCCAUGGCCCCUGAAGGAACCUGGCGCUCUCUACCUGGAUGUCUUAUCUCUCAAAUCUCUGAGUGCUCGCCCAGCCGCAUGACCUCAAUCUUCCAGCAAUAAUCCCAUCUGUUACAUCCAUGCUCAUCUGGCAGGCGGGUGAUGGAAGCUGGGAACCCUUGACUCAGGGUGGCCAAAUAGCUCUAAGUGGUGGAGAAAACUUAUUUACAGAAGAACUCCAGCUAAUGUAGAAGGAAUAUGCAAUUAGAAAAAUCACCAUUUUGCAACCCCUAAUGAAAUAAUUGAUCAAAGCAAGAAUCGUCAAUGGAUGAAACCAAGGAUGGUGGUUGAUGGAGAACUUUACAAUGGAGGAAUAAGGCUGUCACUACCUGACCCCACUGAUGAAUCUCAGCAUCACUAAAAACGGCACAACCACAUGCCGUGUACCUCCUGAUAUGAUGCAGUCUGAAGCACUCAGCACCACCUGUGAAGGACUCUUGCCAAACAAAGAAACAAACAAAAAAACUGAACAUGAUUCUAAUCAAACCUCUAGAGCUAACCUCCAUUUAAUGAGAAAUACGGGGGGUGGAGGAACAAAUUAAAUGACACAACAAGGAAGUAAGAAAACAUAUCCAGAACGUGGGACAUUCUAAAGGAGAUCUGACUGAAUUUCUUCAACUAGUCAAUGGCUGGUGGUGGCGGGGGGGAGACCUUGUUUGGUUCCUGAUUGGGACCACCCAAUUGUAAAGAGACAUUUUUAGACUGUUGGAAACAUUUAAUCAUGAACUGAGUACUUACAAUGCCAAGGAAUCUGUGUUGAUUUUGUUAAAUGUGAAAAUGGCUUUGAGGUUAUGUAAGAAAAGGUCCGUAUUUCCUAGAGAUGCACACUGAAGUAUAGAGUGAAGUGAUGUAUUUAAAAGUAUUUUGGCAAACAAAAAAAGAAAGAAAGGAGAAGAAGGAACAAAGGGACAAAAAUCAAUAUUGUUGAAUUAAGUAUAUAGGGUUUCAUAGAACUAUGCUCUCUACCUUUAUGUAUGUUUGAACAUUUUCAUAAUAGAAGUUUUAAAUGAUACUCCUCUGGUAAGCAGGGUUCCUAGUCAUUCCCAGAGCAUCCUCCCCACCUGUCCUAAAAGCCAGACUUCCCCUGUGACUCCCCACACACAGACUUCAGCCCUCCUUGCCCUCUACUAGAAGUGUGUCCUAGAGAUGGAAUUGCCCUCCCAGGCUGUCCUUUAUCCCCUUCAGUCCCCUGCUGCUCAGCUGGCACAUUUCCCAUGUGUAGGAGCUGUGAAGCACAGCUUCGAGGGGCCAGGGGAACCUUAAAGAGUUAACAUAUUUUGAAUAGGUCCUACAAUAAAAGUAAUCCAAAAUAAUGUAAUCUUCCUUAAAGUCUCUCUUUGUCAGGUGCUUCUGAGCAAAAUGCAACUCAAUAAUGGAGAGCACUGGCCUCCAUCCUGGAAAACAGAAGACAAAGCACGUAAGGCCGUCCUGUCCCACUCCCUGCCUUCAUUCAGGAUGACCUCCUCCCUCACAGAAAAGACCACCAGGAACUGAGAGACUGGGUGUCAGGAGUUCAAGGGGUUUCAGUCCAGGAUCAGAAUGGAAGGCCAUUUGGAUGCCUCAUGCCCUCACUCACUGAAUGACCUUGGGAAAUCAUGAUUUUUGAGUCUUCGUGUUUCUAGACAAAUGCAUGGGAACCAACACCUUUUCUACUCUCUAGAAGUUUGCCAGUUAGGGAUAAAGGCACCUUGGAACUUGUAGGAUAUAAAUCUCAGCUGUUUACUUUAUCAUAAGAAAGUAUUUCUCAAGUUAUAAUUCCAGAUUCUCCCACCCUCUACCCUCCAAGCUUUAGUAUAAAGAAAACCAACAUUUGCUAAUCACCUGUGCAGGUGGGUGAACCCAUUUAAUCUUCUUAGAAAUCAUGAGUGUGGAACUGGAAAGAUCUGGGUCCCAGUUCUGACUCUACUUCUUACCAUGUGACUCUAGUCAUGUUACUUGACCUUUCCAAUUCUGAAGGAUAAUCAUAGUAACUACCUAAAGGGUUGUUGUGACAGUUAAACAAUUCAUCUACAGCAGUUGGCCCAGGACUUCUUAAGACAGAACUUAGGUACAUAAUAACUGUUUGAUAAGUGUUACCAGCUAAUAAAGACCAGCACUUUUUAGAGUAUUUUACACGUAUUAACUUAUUCAUUUAUUCAUCAAAUAUUUAUUGAAUGUUUUUAUGUACCAUUAACCAUUUUAAGUACUGGGAAUACAAGUGAACAAAACAGAUAAAAAUCUGU